AUUUAGUCGGCUCAGCUCUGCAGUUUGUGAUGAACAUGGGGACAUCCUGACCGUGAACAGCACAGAACAGGAGGGUGCGCGCGCCUUUGACAGGGCGAGAAGAGGCUAUCAGAUCCAGGAUGGAGAAACGCCCGAUCGAGCCACCAGAUGGUGGCUACGGAUGGGUCGUGGUCACCUCUGCCUUCUUCAUCAUGGGCCUCACCGCUGCUGUUCUAAAAAACUUUGGCCUGUUCUUCCUUGACAUCCAAAGACACUACAGUGUUUACACCAGCACUACCUCAUGGGUGACCUCAACCACCAUUGCUGUUUUUCAUUUAGGAGCUCCUCUCGCUAGCGCUAUCAGUAUGCACUUGUCACAACGGAGCGUCAUCAUGAUCGGAGGGCUCCUGGCUUCCUCAGGGAUGAUUAUUGCCUCUUUGGGCCUCAGUCUGCCCUGGAUGUAUGUGUCUAUGGGUGUGCUCCAAGGUCUUGGAAUGUCAUUAUGUUGGAUACCAGCAAACAGCAUGGUCAGCCAUUAUUUCAAGCGCUGGCGUCCGAUCGCCUAUGCAGUCGCGAGCUCCGGAGAGUGCGUGUUCGCCAUGAUCUUCAGCCCGUUUUUUCAGUGGCUCAUCGAAAGCUACACGUGGAGGGGGGCUUUACUCAUUAUCGGAGGUCUUCAGCUGAAUCUGUGUGUGUGUGGUGCUCUAAUGCGACCCCUGCAACCAAACUCAGUCACCCAAAACUCUUUUCAAGACUCUAAAGAUCAAUGUGGGACGACUAAAAAAAUCACUUUCCAAUGGUGUCUGAUUCAGAGACCAGAGCUGCUGCUGUACAUCGUGUUUGCCAUCCUGGCCGCGGCAGGUUUCUUUAUCCCACCAUUGUUUCUGGUGCCCUAUACCAACAGCUUGGGCAUGGAGCAGUACUGGGCCGCCUCUGUCCUGUCAGUGCUGGCGCUGGCAGACCUGCUGGGCAGACUUGCAUGUGGUUGGCUGGCAAACCUACGCCUCAUGAGGAACCUGCAGUUGUUGACCAUGGUGGUCACUGCUGGAGGGGUGGUGCUACUUCUGCUUCCUGUUGCACAGGACUACUGGGCCAUCCUGGUGUUCUCCUCGAUGUACGGAUUCUUGUUUGGAUGUGUGAUGGCCAUCCAUGUGACAAGUAUUGUGGAUAUUGUUGGACUAGAUGGGUUUGACAGCGCUCUUGGGCUCUUCAUGCUGUUGCGGAGCUCUGGGGGAUUUGUGGGACCACCAGCUGCAGGUUGGCUGGUGGACUGGGCCGAUGACUUCAGUGCUGGUUUCUACUUGUCUGGCUUCUGUCUCGUCCUCUCUGGGGUUUUCGUAGUAUUUGUUGACAGACUGUUGAAGAGGAAAAAACUCCUUGUGAAACAAACAGAUUCAUGUUCAGACACCACAGAUUAUCAAAUCAUGAAAGCCGACCGUACACAUGUUUAAAAGUACAUUUUUAUAUUGUCAAUUAGUUUUUUUAUAGAAAGUGUUUUUUUAGAGAGAUAUUGUAUUAAUGUUUUUACUUAAAUGCAACAGGUACUGUAUUAACCUUAAUGACUUUCCUGUUAAGUUGAACGCCCAAUUUAUAAAUCAUUACUAUAAGCUUAUAGUUGUGAAUCAUAUCUAAAAAGGAUAUAAUAAAAAGAUUGUUUUCAAUGCUGGUUCUUUAUGUGCUUGCUCACUAACUAUUUUGUUGUUUAUUUUUAAGUAAAAAAGUUAGACAUUGAAAUAUAUCUGUGUUAAAUGUGUCACCUCUGUAUACAUGAGAUGGUCAGUGAUCAUAUUUAAAAUGACAGUAAACUUCAGGUUUGUUCAUUAGAAGAAGUGCUUGGAUCACUACGGCAAGCUUGCACGAUAAACCACUUUGAGAAUGUUAGUAGAUUUUUCAUUUUUGGUUGAACUGUCCUUUUAACACCGUAACCUCAUUGUUAACAUAUUUUUAACCUAUAAUUGUUGUUAACUUGUGCCAAUCGGAGAACCUGUUUCUACCUAUAUAGGUGCUACUUGGAAGUUUAUGGAGUGCAACAUCAACUGCACGACAUCAACAAGCAUAAUUAAUCACUAGUUUUUCUGUGCAAACUGUAGUUGUUAUCCAUUUCUUUGCAUGGUAUAAGACCAUGUUGUCUUGUUAUUUUUCAUAAUAUUUAUGGUUGAAAUAAAACCAGUUCCUUUUUUUUGUUA